AUGAGUGAUACAGUAAGGGCAAGUUUGUUUAGAGAUGUUGAAAAACAUAUUGUGGAAAACCUACCCGGCAAGAAGCGGAAAUCCUUUUCUUCCCUCUUUAAAGCAAGGUGUCCAGACGACCUUAAAAAGUUUCAUGAAUGUUGUGAUGGAAAAGGUCCUACACUGACAAUUCUGCAUGGAAGAUACAAUACGUUAUACGGAGGUUAUACAAGUCAGGAUUGGAAUAUUGACAAGAAAAGAUUUAAAUCAGACGACAAGGCGUUUCUCUUCUUCAAGAACACCAAAGUAGGUUCAAAGUGCAACAUCAUCCCCGUUUCUACUGAGUGGAAAGAUAAAGCAAUUACAUGUGACGCAAACUUCGGGCCAACGUUCGGUGUAAGUGAAUUUCUUCGACCAAGGUAUGAUUUUCAAGCAUUCACUCUAUCAGGAAAAGCACCGUCGGAGAUGAAAGAUGGGUUUCUACACUUAAAUGGGUCACUCAAUAUCGGAAAGGCAUAUUCAGAUAAAGAUAAACAAAUCCGAAACACAGAUAUAAAUGGUGGGACGAUGGAAGUGAGGAUGCUCGAAGUCUUUGAGGUAGUCGACGGCACACUUGAUGAACCAUGGAGGGCUAUGCCAGACGAUGACGCUGUCAAAGAAUUAAAGGAACAUCUAGUGAAUUUUGAACCGCCCUUUUUAAAUACACCUUUCUACAACAUUCUGCUUCUUGGUGUCAUUGGAUCGGGAAAAUCAAGUUUCUUUAAUACUCUUGCAACCGUGUUUGCCGAAGAGAUAAGGUCUCCAGCAAUUGCAGCUGACGAGCCAACAAGUGUUACAAAUGAG